CGUUGACCUUUUUUAAGGAGCGUGUCUCCCUCGCUCCACAUGCCUACAUUCAGAGAAAAAAUCAACAGCACACAACACCAUACUUUUUGUAAGUUUCAAGCCAGCAACUGAACAAAAACCAAGAUCAGCCACCCAUUUCAACAGCUCCCACUCUGCAUCUUAGUCAAGGCCAAUUAUUUUUUAUUUUGAUUUCACAAUUGUUUUUUUUCGUGGAGCUGACCAGCUUAUUUGGAAAGUAGAAGCCUGUUAAGACUUUUAACAAAGUUUAGUACACAAAAAAAACAUCAUUCUUUCCCUAUAAACCAUCAUUUGUAGUACAACACCACUACUACGUUGUACUACAUGCAGCCAGGGACAGGGAAAGUGCCUUGUAAAGGUUUGCGUUUGGUCGCAAUGCCAAAUAUAAAUUCCCCCUUUCGCUGCUCUGCGUUUCUCCACUAGAUUUCCGAUACCACAAUCUUUACCUCUCUUUUGCUUUCGUUUUUGUCGCUCGAACCUGCAAGCACACUUUUAGUCUAUUCUCUUCUCUGCAGUGGAGAAUUGAAUUCUCCAAUUGAAGCCUUGGUCCCUGACACCCAGAUUCAAUUCUUCUCCAUUAUAGAACUUUGAGACACCACUUAACUCGGGGGCGAGGAUUUGAUGAAUCCAAUGGGUGCUAGUACUGUAAGCAACGAAGAACUCAAAGAGAUCGAGAGUCUCGGGAGAGAGGACAUUGAAGAGGCUCCAAUUGUGCCCGAGGAUGUGAGCAGAAUAGCACCAUGGAUAAGACAGAUUACACUUCGGGGACUAGUAGCUAGCUUCCUGAUUGGGAUAAUUUAUAGUGUGAUUGUGAUGAAGCUGAACCUCACAACUGGGUUAGUUCCCAAUCUCAAUGUUUCAGCUGCUCUCCUUGGCUUUGUGUUCAUUAGAGCUUGGACUAAGGUUCUUGCAAAGGCCAAAAUUGUUUCGACCCCAUUCACUAGACAGGAGAACACCAUAAUCCAGACUUGUGCAGUCGCUUGCUAUAGCAUCUCGGUAGGAGGUGGUUUCGGGUCUUAUCUCUUGGGUUUGAAUAGGAGGACAUAUGAGCAAGCAGGAGUUGGUACAGAGGGGAAUAAUCCUGGUAGUACCAAGGAGCCUGGAAUUGGAUGGAUGACAGCCUUUCUCUUUGUGACCAGCUUUGUUGGAUUGUUGGCGUUGGUUCCCAUUAGAAAGAUUAUGAUAAUAGACUACAAAUUAACUUAUCCAAGUGGAACUGCUACUGCUGUUCUUAUUAACGGGUUCCAUACUCCUAAAGGAGAUGUUAUGGCCAAGAAGCAGGUUCAUGGUUUCUUGAAAUUCUUCUCAGCCAGUUUCCUCUGGGCUUUCUUUCAAUGGUUUUAUUCGGGUGGUGAUAACUGUGGAUUUGUUAAGUUUCCCACUUUUGGAUUGAAAGCAUGGAAAAAUUCAUUUUAUUUUGAUUUCAGCAUGACUUAUGUGGGAGCAGGAAUGAUUUGUUCCCAUCUUGUAAAUUUAUCCUUGCUUCUUGGUGCUGUGAUUUCAUGGGGCAUUAUGUGGCCAUUAAUCAGGGGACUAAAAGGGGAAUGGUUUCCUGCAAGCAUAGCAGAGAGUAGCAUGAAGAGUCUUAAUGGUUAUAAGGUUUUUAUUUCCAUUGCUUUGAUUCUUGGUGAUGGGCUUUACAAUUUUGUCAAAGUCCUCUAUUUCACUGCCACGAAUAUUCAUGCCACCGUGAAAAGGAAGAACCCCGAAACUUUUUCAGAUAACCAGAAACCACUCCCUCUUGAUGAUCUUAGACGGAAUGAAGUGUUUGCAAGAGAAAGCAUUCCUAUAUGGCUGGCCUGUACUGGGUACAUAUUAUUCUCCAUCGUUUCUAUCAUUGUAAUCCCUUUGAUGUUCCCCCAGUUGAAGUGGUACUACGUGGUGUUUGCCUAUCUUUUUGCGCCCUCUCUUGGCUUCUGCAAUGCUUACGGCGCAGGCUUAACUGACAUGAACAUGGCCUAUAACUACGGGAAAGUGGCUCUCUUUGUGCUAGCAGCCUUGGCCGGAAAAAAUGAUGGCGUAGUUGCUGGACUAGUGGGGUGUGGCCUGAUAAAAUCCAUUGUUUCCAUUUCAUCUGAUUUGAUGCAUGAUUUCAAGACUGGCCAUCUCACUUUCACUUCCCCUCGCUCGAUGCUUCUAAGCCAAGCAAUUGGGACAGCAAUAGGUUGUGUAGUUGCUCCUCUCACAUUCUUCCUUUUUUACAAGGCUUUUGAUGUGGGGAACCCAGAUGGGGACUACAAGGCUCCAUAUGCCAUCAUAUAUAGAAACAUGGCAAUUCUUGGUGUGGAAGGAUUUUCUGCCCUUCCACAUCAUUGCUUGCAGCUUUGUUACGGAUUUUUUGCAUUUGCCAUAGCAGCCAACUUGGUCAGAGAUCUAGCCCCCAAAAACAUUGGGAAAUGGAUUCCACUUCCAAUGGCAAUGGCUGUCCCUUUCCUAGUUGGUGGUUACUUUGCCAUUGACAUGUGCAUGGGUAGUUUGGUUGUGUUUUUGUGGCACAAACUAAACAGAAAUGAGGCUGGUUUAAUGGUUCCUGCAGUUGCUUCUGGUUUGAUUUGUGGAGAUGGAUUAUGGAUUCUCCCUUCAUCUAUUCUUGCUUUGUUCAAAAUUCGUCCCCCAAUCUGCAUGAGCUUCCUGUCAGCCAGUGCCAGUUAGAAGUUCACAAUAACAUUCAAAUAUAUGCAGUCAACAACUUAGUACCUACGGUCAUUAUGGGCAUAAUGUCGUAGGAUGCUUGCUUAUUAGCAAUUUCAUUCACAAAGAUUCUGCUCUUGGAGAAUCUUGAGCGAUAUGUAAAUAUUUUUACAUACUUUAUUAGAGAAACUAAUCAAUUCGAGCGGACCUUCCACCUCUUUACACAA